UACAAAUUGGUACUCAAUUGAAAAUUUAUAGAGUACAUAGAUAAAAAGAUAAAAAUUUUAGCUGUUUUAACACCGAUGUGGUUAAUGUCUUGUAUUAUAAUUGUCUAGGUCAUAUUGGAAAUAGAAGAGUUCCUUAUGAAAAUGAAGAAUUAAUGACGUGAAUUGUUUAAGGUUUACGUGUAUUAAAUUAAAAAAAAUAUAUUAAAAAUGGAUUUUAUUAAUAGUAUUCCAACACAUAUGGACUUUGAAGGCCAGGCUAGGGCAGAAAAAUUAUCAAGGAUCAUUAUAACUUUAUUUGGAGUAGUGGGUCUAACUUGGGGAUAUAUUAUUCAACAAUUUUCACAAACUGUGUACAUUUUAGGCGCCGGAUUUGUCCUAGCCGCACUGUUAACUAUUCCACCUUGGCCACUUUAUAGAAAAAAAUCACUGAACUGGCAGGCAGUAAGAACUUCCGAUUGUCAACAUAAGGAAAAUACAAAGAAAGGGAAAAAGAAGUGAUUCUAUCAAUUUAUUUAAUUUAUAAGAAUAUAAAUAUAUUAUGCAAUUUUU